AUGUAUGAAGUUAGUCAUAGGGGUGAUCAGUUGAAAGUUGAUUUGGCUUUGUGGACAUGUACUUGUUAUCACUGGCAGUUGACAGGCAUCCCUUGUGUGCAUGCAUUUAGAUGCAUUUUGGAGAAGAAUGCUGAUCCAAAUGACUAUGUUGAUGCAGCCUAUAGUAGAGAGACAUAUUUACAUGCAUAUAGCCAAGCCAUCAACCCCAUGCCUGGUGUUAAUUACUGGAAAAAAAUUGAUCUACCCCAUCCUCUACCACCAGUUCAUAAGAUUAUGCCUGGGAGACCUAAUUUGAAAAAGAGGAAAAAGGAAAAGGGGAAGAGGCUGAACAAAAAGCAAAGAAGGUUAAGAUGGCAAAGUGCAAAUGCAGCAAUUGUGGUCAAGUGGGACACAAUAAAAGGGGAUGCAAAGCUACAACAGUUUCAGCAAAUACAAAAGAAGUUGGGAGGCCUCCUAGCACUUCACAAUGGGCAGUAG